ACUGGCUAUGCUGAAGGUAAAAAUUCUCUUCUUUAUAUUUUUAGUCUUUUAGUCUUUUAGAAAAAUUCAUCGAGUCUUCUUUUCAUUAAUAAAUUAUUCAAGGACUUCUAGCCAAUGAUAGCAGCCACAAGUACUGUACAGCAGCUACACCUUUAAAAGUUAUUAUUAGUUAAUUUUAUUAUGUACUACAGAUUUGAUUUUAGUAAAGAUCAGUUGGGUACAAUAUACAGUGUCUAGUUUUGUGAUUUUAAAAAGUAUUCAUUGGACAAUUGCUUAAUUGAGAGAAAAGUGGAAGCUGUUGGUAAGGUUUUGGGGUUUCUAUAAUAUCUACAUAAUAGCCGGAUUAAAUCAAUUUGUAUUAUAUUGGGAGUUGCCCAAUAUAAUACAAAUUGAUAAGGAAUAAAGAUAAAAAGCCGUUAUUUGUUCAGUUUGCUUUGGGAAACAUUUGGACUGUCUACGAUGCCGUGCUGGUUAAAAAGAACAAACCUCUAAUUGAUAAAAUCACGAGCAGUUUGGGAUUAAAAUCAGUGGCUUCCAUUAGCAGCUGCAGUCCUUGGUAUGGUGGUUAGAGUGUUGCCUAGUCCUAGAGGAUUGAGUAGGGAUAGACUGGAGAAGCUGAUGUGUGCUGGUAAUAGGAAGAUUGACUCGUAUCCAAUAGAAACACAAGAACUGGUUGACAGUUUUAUAUCCUGUAGUCCUGAGCCUCAUGCUCCAGUUAUUGUUUUUAUUUCUAAAAUGUUUUUGGCUGAUCUUUCUUCAGUCCAUGAGACACAGACCAGGAAAUUAACACUCGAAGAAUUGAAGGAGAAGAGAGAGGCUUUAAUUAGAAAUUUACGUUCUGGCAACACUAAACCAGCAAAAGCCAAUGAAGACAAUAAUGAAGAUAAUAUUGAAGAAAUGGUAAAGCCAGAGCCUGAAGUCCCUCCUCAUCAGUUCCUGGCAUUCUCUCGUGUGUUUAGUGGAACACUGAGAAAAGGUCAAAAACUAUUUGUACUACAGCCUCGCUACGACCCCACCCUAACCUCAAAACCUCUCCUUUAAACCACACCCACUCAAGAAGACGUGACCCUCCCACCUCAUGUAACCAUGGUAACCAUCACUGAACUCUAUCUCAUGAUGGGCCGGGACCUUUUGGAGGUGGAGUCUGUUGCCCCCGGCAACGUAGCCGGUAUUGGUGGACUGGGUGAUAGCGUUAUUAAAAGCGGUACUCUCUCCUCUUCACUGGCUUGUACUUCAUUCAGGGAAUUACAGUCAGUUGCUUUUCCUAUCGUACAUGUCGCACUAGAAGCUGUUCAUUUCUCUGACCUACCAUCCCUUGAUAAAGGACUCAAGCUACUUGACCAAUCAGAUCCCUGCGUUAGAUGUACGUAUCAGGAAACUGGAGAGAGGAUUCUAUCAACUGCUGGAGAGGUUCAUCUUCAGCGUUGCCUUGACGACCUCCGGAAUGUCUAUGCAGGGGUGGAGCUUAAAGUGUCUCCUCCUAUUGUUCCAUUUAGGGAGACUGUUAUUGCCAGACCGACUGUUGAUAUGGUUAAUGAGAUUAUAUCGUCAGAGAAUGAGCUGAUUGGUCAGUGUACCGAAAGCCACGCCUCUAAAAAUAAUGGACCCGUUACAUGUUCAACUCCUGGGAACAAUCCGCAUCUCAUUAAAAUAUUAGCCACACCCCUUCCCGAGACUGUAGUUGAUGUAUUGGAUAGAUCCUCUCAUUUACUUAAAAUUUUGACUUCGAUGGGUGGAGCUAGUUACCAUGGUAAUGAGGAGGGUGUGGUUGGAGGUCUCCAGACCUUGUAUGAGGAUUUAAAGAACAAGCUUGAGACUGCAGACAAAAAGAAAUGGGACGGAGCCAUUGACCAAAUAUGGUCGUUUGGCCCUCGUAAUUCCGGGACGAACAUCCUCUUAAAUAGAAUCAGUACUUAUGAGCGACCUUCGAUUUGGAAGGGUGUGGCCAAACAAGAAAAGGGUGUGGUCGAUCAGAAGGCCACUGAUCCCGUUUUAAGAAAUUAUGAUAAUUCGAUUAUUAGCGGUUUUCAAUUAGCGUCACUUUCUGGUCCACUUUGUGAAGAACCCCUCCGUGGUGUCUGUUUUGAGGUACUUGAAUGGACAGAGCCCGCUAGUGAAGAUGAGACUGAACAGGAUACUCUAAGGGGGCCUGUGUCUGGUCAGUUAAUAUCAGUUGUUAAGGAAUGCUGUCGUCAAGCUAUGCUAGCUCAACCAACGAGAUUAGUAGCACCAAUGUACUCUUGUAUCAUACAGGCAGCUACUAGUGUAUUGGGAUUUGUCUAUGCAGUGAUUGGUAGGAGAGGUGGGCGUGUCAUCUCUGAGGAAAUGGUGGAAGGAGCUGAUUUAUUUGUCAUACAAGCAUUGAUACCAGUUGCUGAGUCAUUCGGCUUCUGUGAUGAGUUUAGGAAACAAACAAUCGGACAAGCUAAUCCACAACUAGUGUUCUCUCAUUGGGAGGUAUUGCCCUCUGAUCCAUUCUGGGUACCCUCCACUGAAAUGGAAUUAGAGCAUUAUGGAGAGAAAGCAGACACUGAGAGUCAAGCAAGAAUAUACAUGAACUCAGUGAGGAAAAGGAAAGGACUGGCAGUGGAUGAGAAGAUUGUUGAACAUGCAGAAAAACAAAGAACAUUAAAAAGAAACAAGUAAUAGUAGGAGACAGGCUAUAUUAUUUUUUUAUCAUAAGCUGUUGUAAUUAACAUGAUGCAUUAAUUUUAUGAGUAUGUACUAAAGUAUUAUAAACAAUGUUUGAUGUUUAUUUUGGGACCAAGUUUUAUACUGAAA